AGUCCCCAGCCCGAGCGCGGAGCGGCCAAGCGGGAGGGAGGCCGGGCCGCCCGCGCGGUCUCGUACCCUCCUCGCGCGCCCAGCACCCCGCUUGCCCAGCGGCCGCUCGGAAGCUCAGCCCGCCCGCCCCAUCCAGGCGCCGUGGCGGGCUAGCCGGGAAGCGAGCGGCUGACAAGUUGAGGCGCGCACAGGCGGCGGGCCGCGGGCACCGUGCGCCUCGGGAAGGGUGGCCGCCGCUCCGGGCUCCGCACCCCGGGCGCACUUGGGCGAUGGCUUCCCCGCCGCCGCGGCUGCGUCUUCGCCCUCGCCGCUACCUCCUGCUGCUGCUUCUCCCCGGGCUCCUGCUACCUCUCUGUGAUGCCUUCAACCUAGACGUAGACAGUCCUGCCGAGUACGCUGGCCCCGAGGGAAGUUACUUCGGCUUCGCAGUGGACUUUUUCGUGCCCAGCGCGUCUUCGAGGAUGUUUCUUCUGGUGGGAGCUCCCAAAGCGAAUACCACCCAGCCUGGGAUUGUAGAAGGAGGACAAGUCCUCAAAUGUGAUUGGUCUUCUACCCGCCGAUGCCAGCCAAUCGAAUUUGAUGCAACAGGCAAUAGAGAUUAUGACAAGGAUGACCCGUUGGAAUUUAAGUCACAUCAGUGGUUUGGAGCAUCUGUGAGGUCAAAACAGGAUAAAAUUUUGGCCUGUGCUCCCUUGUACCACUGGAGGACCGAGCUGAAGCAGGAGAGAGAGCCUGUGGGGACGUGCUUUCUUCAAGAUGGAGCAAAGACUGUUGAGUAUGCGCCAUGCAGAUCAAAAAAUAUUGAUGCUGAUGGACAGGGAUUUUGUCAAGGAGGAUUCAGCAUUGAUUUUACUAAAGCUGAUAGAGUACUUCUUGGUGGUCCUGGUAGCUUUUAUUGGCAAGGGCAGCUCAUUUCGGAUCAAGUGGCAGAAAUUGUAUCUAAAUAUGACCCCAAUGUUUACAGCAUCAAGUAUAAUAACCAAUUAGCAACUCGAACUGCACAAGCCAUUUUUGAUGACAGCUAUUUGGGUUAUUCUGUAGCUGUUGGAGAUUUCAACGGUGAUGGCAUAGACGAUUUUGUUUCAGGAGUUCCAAGAGCAGCAAGGACCUUGGGAAUGGUUUAUAUUUACGAUGGGAAAAACAUGUCCUCCUUAUACAAUUUUACUGGUGAGCAGAUGGCUGCAUAUUUUGGAUUUUCUGUAGCUGCCACUGACAUUAAUGGAGAUGAUUAUGCAGAUGUGUUUAUUGGAGCUCCACUCUUCAUGGACCGAGGCUCUGAUGGCAAACUCCAGGAGGUGGGACAGGUCUCCGUGUGUCUGCAGAAAGCCUCUGCUGACUUCCAGGUGACCAAGCUGAACGGAUUGGAGGUUUUUGCACGCUUUGGCAGCGCCAUCGCUCCUUUGGGAGAUUUGGAUCAGGAUGGGUUCAAUGAUGUUGCAAUUGCUGCUCCUUAUGGGGGUGAAGAUCAGAAAGGAAUUGUGUAUAUUUUCAAUGGAAGGUCUACGGGCUUGAAUGCGAUACCAUCUCAAAUCCUUCAAGGCCAGUGGGCUGCUCGGAGCAUGCCACCAAGCUUUGGCUAUUCCAUGAAAGGAGCCACAGAUAUAGACAAAAAUGGCUAUCCAGACUUAAUUGUAGGAGCUUUUGGAGUAGAUCGAGCUGUGUUGUACAGGGCCAGACCGGUUAUCACUGUAAAUGCUGGCCUUGAAGUAUACCCUAGCAUUUUAAAUCAAGACAAUAAGACCUGCCCAUUGCCUGGGACAGCUCUGAAAGUUUCCUGUUUCAAUGUCAGGUUCUGCUUAAAGGCAGAUGGCAAAGGAGCGCUUCCUAGGAAACUUAACUUCCAGGUGGAGCUUCUUUUGGAUAAACUCAAGCAAAAGGGAGCAAUUCGACGAGCGCUGUUUCUCCAUAACAGGUCCCCAGGUCAUUCCAAGAACAUGACUAUAUUCAGAGGGGGACAGAUGCAGUGUGAAGAACUGAUAGCUUAUCUCCGGGAUGAAUCUGAAUUUAGGGACAAACUCACUCCAAUUACUAUUUUUAUGGAGUAUCGCUUGGAUUAUAGAACAGCUGCUGAUGCAACAGGUUUACAACCCAUUCUUAACCAAUUCACUCCUGCCAACGUUAGCCGACAGGCACAUAUUCUGCUUGAUUGUGGUGAAGACAAUGUCUGCAAACCUAAGCUGGAAGUUUCUGUACAGAGUGAUCAAAAGAAGAUCUAUAUUGGGGAUGACAACCCUCUGACAUUGAUUAUUCAGGCUCAGAAUCAAGGGGAAGGUGCCUACGAGGCUGAGCUCAUUGUUUCCAUUCCGCCGCAGGCUGAUUUCAUCGGGGUUGUUCGAAACAGUGAAGCCUUAGCAAGACUUUCCUGUGCAUUUAAGACAGAGAACCAAACCCGCCAGGUGGUGUGUGAUCUGGGAAAUCCGAUGAAGGCGGGAACCCAACUCCAAGCAGGCCUUCGUUUCAGCGUGCACCAGCAAUCAGAAAUGGAUACUUCUGUGAAAUUUGAUUUACAAAUUCAAAGCUCCAAUCUUUUUGACAGAGUAAGCCCGAUUGUAUCUUACAAAGUGGAUCUUGCUGUUUUAGCUGCUGUUGAGAUAAGAGGAGUCUCCAGUCCCGACCAUAUCUUUCUUCCAAUUCCAAAUUGGGAACACAAGGAAAAUCCUGAGACGGAAGAAGAUGUUGGACCAGUUGUUCAGCACAUCUAUGAGCUGAGAAACAAUGGUCCAAGUUCAUUCAGCAAGGCAAUGCUAAACCUCCAGUGGCCCUAUAAAUAUAACAAUAAUACUUUAUUGUACAUUCUUCAUUAUGACAUUGAUGGGCCAAUGAACUGCACUUCAGAUGUGGAGAUCAAUCCUUUGAAAAUUAAGAUCUCAUCUUUGCAAACAACUGAGAAGAAUGACACAGUUGCUGGGCAGGGUGACCGGAACCAUCUCAUCAUGAGGCGGGAUCUCGCCCUCGCUGAAGGUGACGUUCACACUUUGGGUUGUGGAAUUGCUCAGUGCUUGAGGAUUGUAUGCCAAGUUGGGCGACUGGACCGAGGCAAGAGUGCAAUCCUGUAUAUAAAGUCACUAUUGUGGACUGAAACCUUUAUGAAUAAGGAAAACCAGAACCAUUCAUAUUCACUGAAGUCAUCUGCUUCAUUUAAUGUCAUCGAGUUUCCGUAUAAGAAUCUUCCAAUUGAGGAUAUUUUUAAUUCCACAUUGGUUACCACUAACGUCACCUGGGGCAUUCAGCCAGCACCCAUGCCUGUGCCUGUGUGGGUGAUCAUUUUAGCAGUUCUGGCAGGAUUGUUGUUACUCGCUGUUUUGGUAUUUGUCAUGUACAGGAUGGGCUUUUUUAAACGAGUCCGGCCACCUCAAGAAGAACAAGAAAGAGAACAGCUUCAACCUCAUGAAAAUGGGGAAGGAAACUCUGAAACUUAGCUGCAGUUUACAACUUGUGUUUCAUCCUGACCCAUUAGAAUCACCAUCUUAGCAAGAUUCCAGAACUCUGCUCCCCACAACAUGAGAGCAGUGCAAGUGUUUGGAGAUCAAUAGUUCAGACAUAGAUUGAACACAAUAUACACCAACUUGUGUUUUUUUAGUUAUUUAAAUAAUAAAAUAUCAAGUGAUAGGUUUAAUUCAAUGUAGAUAGAACAGUAGUGCCUAAGUUAUACUUUAUAUAACAUAGUGCCUCCUUACGAAUGCUGUUUCUUUUUGUUUGUUUUUAACUAUUUUAAAGCAGUUGACAUUUGGAGAGUAGCAUCCUCAUCUUUUGGGUAGGUACGUAAUGUUAAUACAUAGACACUACAGUUGACUUUUCAAGAUACUAAAAAAUUUAUAAUUGAAUGGACUUGGAUUUUAAUAUCACCUGGUAGACUCUGAAAAAAAUUAUGAUGCUAUCAGUUUCUUUCUCAUGACUACAAAGGUACACUAUUUGUUUUAAUAUUAGGUACACACUAUUAAAUUCCUAUUUAUAUGUAAUCUGCAAUCUAUUUCAUUGCAUUGUUGCUUGUACGGAUUAUUUUCUGUGGCAAAUCCUCUAAGCAAGCCUAUGUUGAAAUUUAGUUCAAUAGUCAGAAGUGCUUCUCUAUGUGAUAGUUUAAUUUUAGCUAAACAUCAUGAAGCGUGAAUUAGUAUGGAGUUGAAAUUCAUUUCCAAAGUAUAGCUAAUCGAUUGCUUUAGUCUACUUGCGAUACAAAAAAGAAAGCAUUUUCAUUAAGACUUAUAUUUGUAGUUCUUAGAUGUGUAAUUGCUCUUUAGUAUUAUGUUUUUAAAGUAGAGCUGAAUUUUUAGUUGCUAAUUAAUUUAUUUUCCUUUUAUAUGUGUAUGUUUUCUUAUAUUUCCAAAACUGAUACUAAGUAUGGGUCAAAACCAAUGAGGAAUCUUUACAAGUAACAGGAAGCUUAAUUUCCCAUUUCUACUCUGUAAGAAUACUUGGCAUCAAAACUCAAAAGUUAGGUCACUGGUUGACUUCCAGUCACAGCUCUUGACUACUCACAUGUGUAUUAUCUUAAAUAAGCAAAGUAAUACGUAAAACCAGUCUCGGCUGUCAGAAUAACUGCUUAAAAGAUAUUUUUAUAAGCAGUUCAAUUUAUUAAAACCUUUAUAGGAUUUUUAAAGAUUUAUUCAUGUAAAUCACUUUUCUAGGAUUUUUAAUAAAGCCACGUAGUGACGAUUUAUAGCUUUAUAUGGCUGUAGGGUGUGACAUUUCUAAUGGACUAAAUAUUCACAGUUCCCCAAUGCCUGGGGGUAACUCAGCUGUUCCCAAUAAUGGUGUGCAUUAGGAAGGAUUCAGAGCUAUUUAGCUACUAUCCUCUCUAGGAAAUAACUGUUUCCCUUUAAAAAAAAACUGACCAUUUUACAUAUUUUUUGAAAAAACUCAGAUUUAUUUAUCAUUUCUCAUUAUAAUUUCAUGCACAAGUGAUUGAAUUAAGCUACAGAAAAUAUAUUCACGAAAUAGUCCAUUUAGGUGAAUUAUAGAAGUUGGAACAUACUCAAGUCCCUAUGAUUAGCUUUAGUGAAUUUAAAAAUCAGUAGAUUUUGGCACAUAGACUGUAGUAACUUUUAAAGCUCUUAGUCAUACAUGAUAAGUAUUUUAAUUAUCAAUCAAUUUAAGCAUUUUUAAGAAACAAAUGUUUUUAUUCUAGUCACCAGUCACUAAGUUGGUCUGAAACAAUUUUCACUUAUUGUCUUCCCACCUUACACUUCCCAUUCCUGAAAACAAAUGUUGGAUACAAAUUCACUGUUUAACACAAGCAAAAGUAGUUGUCUUUACAUGAUCUAUUCUGUCAUGUCCUGUAGCUCAGAUCAUUAGAGAUUAACAUGAUGUUUUAAAUUAUAAAGUUUAAUUUGAAGCAACAAUACCGAGUUCUCUUUCAAAAAAGUGACAAUUCAUCUCUACAGAAAUUUAGAGGACUAUAAUUUGAAACCCUGUUCCUUAAAGAAAAUUGGGAUUCUUUCUGUUUUAAAGUAGCAUGUAAGUACAUCUGAUUGGAUAUUAAAAUCAUUGUUUAUGGAAGCAGUUUUAAUCUGCAGGUAUCUCUUCAUGUAUUUCUCAUUUGUUGAAAACUAAAAUCCAUCUUGAAGUUUAAAAUGUUCCUAAUCCAAUAAUUUAAAAAACAUGAGUAAGCUAGAAAAUGCUGAAAGCAUUGGUACGGAAUAUAUGCUACCAGUAUUGAUUUCAUAUAUUGGCAUUGUUUUUUCAGGAUUGAUAGAUGAGAAAUCUUUAUGUGAGGACCCUUCUUCCCCUUUGUACCAAAUAAUGUUUCCUUAUUAAUUAUUUUAAUUUUGACCAAAUUCCUAAUGAUUCUGAAAAAUAAAUUAGUUAGUCAAACUAUUGCCAUAGUUCUACCUGUUUUGAAACUACUAAUUCAUACCUAGUUGUCAUUAAUGUGAUAUGUAUGUUUAUGCAAAGACUUUACAGGCUCCUUUAAAAAAAGCUGUAAAGGAUUUUUGAUAGUGAGUCAUGGCCCUAAGGCAGAUAUUUUUGUGGAAAAUAAAGUACAUAAUAGAUCAGCUGCUUUUUAUUAUGUAAAGAUAUUUUAUAAAUCAUAGCUCUUCUUAAAUUGCAGAAUGUAGUGAUAAACCUGGUGGAGACGAAUAACCUGUUUUUAUGAAAACUUGCAUGUGGCCAUUGUCUAUCUCACUGUCACCCUGUUUAUACCCUUGAUUAAGUUGUGUAUUUAAAAGUUUGAUAAAGAGAAAAACAGCAUUUUUAAAUUGAUCACAGGUCCAUCCAGAAAAGUGAAUGAAGUUAUUUGUGAGUACUUGGGAGGAUACCUCUUUUAACUUGUUGGUUGUCUAGUUUGAACAAUGAACUUCUGAUGUGCAGCAUGUAGUAUGUAUUUGUAUUUCAUUAUAAUUCCAAAAAUAUAAUGGGCUACUUGGGAGAGGUACUCAGUCUUUGAUUUUUUAUGUCAUUGUGCAAUAUAACAAUGUAACCAAGCUUAGAUAAUUUUGAAGUCCUUAAUAUAAGCAAAAUGUUAUUAAUAUGUUUUAUUUUUAGGUUGUGGAUAUACAGGUGAAGUUAUUUACCCCCCAAAUGAUCCAUCUUAUUUCAAGAUGGACAUGAACUAUGCCAUAGCAGUUUUUAAACUACUUUGAAAUACUUUAAGGUAACAUGGAAGCUGUGUAUAUCAAAUUAAUUUGCUGAGUAACAUAAAAAGUCUUUCUUUAGCUUUUCUUGUAAUCACCCACAUUGGGUGAGACAUAAAUGAAUCUUUUAAAAUCUGUCAUUUGCUAACUUAAUUCAAGUUAGUGAAAACUGGUACAGUGUUCUACUAGUUUCCAAUGUGUAACUUGUGACUGUAUAAUAAACUUGAGCAUAUGGUGCCA